GCCUCACUUGCGCCUCGUUCACUCCUCUUGACGAGAUUCAGAUUGUGAAGCUCUAUUUCCCAGACAUGCCUCCACCCCUCAGCAAGCCACCCGCCUUCGUGCAGUUCCGCGUAGCCCGUCCAACAUCCUCUCUCACCCUCACCCGCCAAUUCUACGGGCCAUCCGGCCUCGGUCUUCCCGAAAUCGGCUCCUUCUCCGACCACGCGGGCUACUCGGGCGUGAUGUUCGGACUCCCCGACGCUACAUACCACCUGGAAUUCACUGAAUACACCGGUGCGAACACGACCCCACCGCCGUCCUAUGCGCCGCCGAGCGGCGACAAUCUGCUCGUUUUUUACAUGCCUCACGCGGCGGAGAGGGAGGCGACGGUGGCGAGAUUGGUCGCCGUGGGAGGGACGAUUGUGCAAAGUGAAAAUCCGUACUGGGAUGCUGACGGUGUGACGGUGGAAGAUCUGGACGGGUGGAGGGUUGUCUUGCAGAAUUCAAAGGGACUACUUACACAACCUUGAGUGUGGAGGUCUUCUGGGAGAAGUUUGUGGGAGAGUCCGGAGGGCGUCAAAAACUCAAAAAUCCUAGAGGAAAAA